UACGCCUAUUCCCAUGGAAAAUUCACGGGUGAUGGGACAAAAAAAAAUUCUUCUUUUUCGAUCUCUGCGGAAUAACCAUGGCUAUUCAAAAGUGCGUUCAACAUCUUGGACUAUAAUUAAGGCCCGAUUUAAAAUUGUUGGGCAAUUUUGACCUGAUUCUGUGUCUGAAUUCAGACCAAUCUUUCCUCUCUAUAUAAUAAUAAAUACUGUUCUUUCUUCCCUGUCGGAGAAAGUUGACUCUGAACCCCACCCCACGUCUCUACCUCCACAGCCAUGAGGCGAAGGAAUCACGACCGCGGCUUCAUCCGCCGUGACGGCGGAAAUGCUCCGUUCGUGAAUCCAGUCAACGAUCAUCCCCAAUCGGAGCAUCAGCAAGAAGACACGACCUCCACGGAUCGGUCCUCUGCUGCUUCUCCCUCUACUUCUCAGCCAUCACAAAACCUCGAUCACCCGACAAAACCUCGCCGUAUUCGGCGCCGCCGUGGUGGAUCAAAGUCCGCACCUCCCUCCGUGGAGAAAUCAGAGGUGAAUUCAACUGAACCCGAUGCUGCUGAUUGCUUGGCCGAUGAGUUAAGCACCGUAGACCUGAAACAGAAUUCGAAUCUGGUUAAUAAUGAUAAUUCAAGUGUAUACUCGGAGGAUAAGCAGAGCCCUGAGAUUGAAGAAACCGUUGAUGAGACGAAGGAAGAUAUCAUGUUGACUAUUCUGAAUGAUUUGCGAUCUAACGUCACUGAGCCGGAGCUAACCGAUGAGCAGCUAAGGUUGAAUGAUCAGUUACAAGAAGAUGAGCUUCUGGCACUAGGGUACAUCUAUGGAGGUAACAUGUUCAUCCUUGAACGGCAUAAAGAUAUGCGAUACUUUCAGAUUCAUGUAAACGUUGAGGCAACUAGUGAACAUACUAUCUCUGCAAAGCUCAACUUACAAGCUGAUUCAAGCAAAGACUCAGAUGAUUUCUUAUACUCGUUCCAGGCCCAGCACCUUCCUCCGAUUGUGUUGACUUGUUUGUUACCAAAGGCUUAUCCUAGCCACUUACCGCCUUACUACUUGAUAAGCGUUCGGUGGAUGAACCCUGAUAAGAUCUCGAGCCUCUGCUCCAUGCUGGAUUCGAUAUGGACUGAACAGCCAGGGCAAGAAGUCUUGUACCAGUGGACAGAUUGGUUACAGAACUCGUCUGUUUCUUAUCUCGGCUUUGAUAAUGAGAUUGUUCUUGGUCCUUAUGGCGUUACAUCUUCUAGAGAUAAACGUGCUGUCUCUGGCAGUCGUUCACCUGAUGUAGAUAUCCCUUAUAUUAGGAGUUAUGACGACGAGAAACGCCGUGAGAGCUUCCUUGAGAGCUUACACGAGUGCUGUAUAUGUUUCUCCGAAUCUGCAGGUUUGGACUUUGUUAAGUUGCCAUGUGAGCAUUUCUUUUGUGUAAAAUGUAUGAAGACGUAUACAGACAUACACGUCUCUGAAGGCACAGUCAACAAGCUUCAGUGUCCGGAUUCGAAAUGUGGAGAGAUUGUUCCUCCAGGUGUAUUGAAGAGAUUGCUGGGAGAUGAAGCUUAUCAACGUUGGGAAACUCUCAUGUUGCAGAAAACACUGGAAUCCAUGACUGACGUCGCCUACUGUCCUAGAUGUGAAACCCCCUGCAUAGAAGACGAGGAUCAAUUUGCUUUAUGUUUCAAAUGCUACUACAGUUUUUGUACUCUCUGUAACGAAAAGCGACACGUGGGAGGUACCUGUAUGAGCCCAGAGCUCAGGCUUCAAAUCUUGGAGGAGCGUCAAAGUUCUUCACGUCUUGGAGAGGAACAAAGGCGAAAAGAAAGGGAAAUGAUCAAUGAGAUUAUCAGUGUGAGUGUGAUAAAGCAAAGUGCAAAGCAAUGCCCGUCUUGCAAAAUGGCCAUCUCAAGAACCGGUGGCUGUAACAAAAUGGUUUGCAAUAACUGUGGCCAGUUCUUUUGCUACCGUUGCAACAAAGCUAUCACUGGUUAUGAACAUUUCAGAGAGGGAACAUGUGAGCUUUUCCCACAGGACGCUAUCCAAGAAUGGAAUGAAAUGAAUGAGCGACAAGUUUUUCAGAUUCAAGCUCAGUUGUUUGCACCGCACGGUCAGUUUCCUCAGCGCGGCCAGAUAUGUCCUAAUUGCCGCCAGUUCAACCUAAAGGCGGGAAACAACAAUCACUUGUUUUGCUGGGCGUGUCAAGCACAUUUCUGUUACCUUUGCAAACAAGUGGUGAAGCGAUGUGCUCAGCAUUAUGGACCAAAGGGUUGCAAGCAGCACACUGAUGGGUAAAGGCGUGUUUCAGAAGAUGUAGAACAUAUUAUGUUUUUUUCUUUCUCCAGAGGUUGUCGUUUGUUCUAAGUUCAAAAGAAACAUUGAUUCGAUUUUCUAUAUAGGUUUCUAUAUUUAUUACACAAUAUUCAUCUGCUUAAGGUUUAUAAAAACAUUGAUGAGUUUGGUUCAA